GUCGGCACAAAUAGAACAAAGUAGUGGAAAAGCAAUACAGAAGAGCUGAAAAAAUAAGAAAAAUAAUUGUAGUAAAUGCAAAUGAGGUAGUUAUGAUGAUUGAUGGCCAAUGUAUGUGUGGAACAAUGUGAAGAAAAAGUUAUUGAGAAAAAAAAAUUAAAUUAAAAAAAAUAACCGAGCAGAGCCAUUAAAAAUUCUUUUUACGAGUGUUUAAAAUAAAAUUUUCCUCGAUUUUUUUUGUGUGAAAUUCAAGACUACGUUUGAAGUUUAAAGGAAUGAAAAAUUACAACUAAUAAAAGUUACAGCACAAACAUGUUCGUGAAUGUGGCAAAUUUCCCAUAAUACAUGUCUUAGAUUCAUCAUUUGUGGCUGACAUAGUGCAUUGAGUCUAUCCGAUUGAAUAGCAAAAAAUUGAUAAAAAGUGGCUCGGAGAAAGAAGGAAAUAAAGAAGAACAGCGAGAGGAUAAAGGAAAAAAAAAGUUUAUUGAUGUGAACGAGAAAAUGAGAAACAUGAAAGGUUGAAAGGCGAAAAUCAUCGGUUAAAAAAAAUAAAUUCUGUGCUGUAUAUUUUGUCUUACGUCCGCAAAAAAAAAAGAAAUCCCCAAACGUUAAAAAAGUAUAAUAUAAUAGAAAAAUAAUAAAAAGAGAGAAUAUACAGAAAAUAAAGGCAGAGAGAGAGGAAAAGGCACUUCAAAAUAUUAUUUGGAGGAAGAAGAAGCAGUAGGAGAAGGAAGGAUAACAAAACAACACGAAAGAUGGCAUCGUCUUCACAAUCACAAUGGGAUAAGCUUUCGCCCAACGAGUUCCAACAGCUUCAAGAUUUUGCAAGCUAUUCUUCUAAAAAGCUUGAAGAUGUGUUGGAUGAAUUUUGUGGACCAACAUCGACUUAUAAGUUUAAUCAGGAUGAGGACAUUGACUUUGAAGGCUUCCAAAAGUUUAUUGACUUGUUUCUUGACUGCGAAACACCAUUUGAGCUAUCGCAACAUCUGUUCUUGUCAUUCCUGCGACCUUAUCAGUCACAGCUAUCAGAUUCGAAACUAUUGCCCAGGAAGCAAUCGUUUUUGGAUCCGUUAUCCAUGAAAGUUCCAUUGAAAGACGUUGUGUGCUAUUUAUCUCUAUUGGAAGCAGGAAGACCCGAAGAUAAAUUGGAAUUCAUGUUUCGUCUUUACGAUACGGAUGGUAAUGGCGUACUGGAUAAAAUCGAAACGGAUGCAAUCGUUAAUCAGAUGAUGUCUGUUGCGGAAUAUUUGGGAUGGGAUGUAUCUGAAUUGAGACCGAUUCUACAAGAUAUGAUGACGGAAAUCGAUUACGAUGGAGAUGGUUCGGUAUCACUUGAUGAAUGGAAACGUGGUGGUUUGACAACAAUUCCAUUGUUGGUAUUGCUAGGUGUUGAUAGCUCACUUAAAGAGGAUGGUUAUCACGUGUGGCGGUUAAAACAUUUUUCCAAGCCUGCUUAUUGCAAUUUAUGCCUCAAUAUGCUUGUUGGUCUCGGAAAAAAGGGAUUGUGUUGCACACUAUGUAAGUACACAGUUCACGAGCGUUGUGUACAGCGAGCGCCAGCAUCAUGUAUAACAACAUAUGUCAAGUCAAAACGUCCUGGUGCACUUCAACAUCAUUGGGUGGAAGGAAAUUGUUUUAGAAAUUGCUCUAAAUGUCACAAGCGUAUUAAGGCAUAUUCGGGACUAACAUGUCGAUGGUGUAAAAUGACAUUACAUAAUCGUUGUGCUAAUAAUGUCAAGAUUGAAUGUAAUCUGGGAAAGUUUGCCAAUUUUACCGUACCGCCAACAGCUAUAUGUCCUGCCGUACUCGACCGACAACGAUCAGCGAGUGUAACAAAUAUAAGGUCGAAGCCAGCACCACCAAUUCAUUUCCAAGUAACAUUAGACACACCUACAUCGACACCUUUGCUCGUAUUCAUUAAUCCAAAGAGUGGUGGACGGCAAGGAGAACGAAUAUUAAGGAAAUUUCAAUAUUUGUUGAAUCCUCGACAAGUUUAUGAUUUAAGCAAGACAAGUCCGCUCGAAGGCCUUACAAUGUUCAAGGAUGUGCCAAAUUUUAAAGUAAUUUGUUGUGGUGGAGACGGAACUGUUGGCUGGAUUCUCGAGGCAAUGGAUUCUGUGGAAAUUAAACAUCAACCAGCAACAGCCGUUAUACCACUUGGAACAGGUAAUGAUCUGGCACGAUGUCUUCGGUGGGGCGGUGGAUAUGAGGGCGAAAGCAUACCGAAAUUAUUUGAUAAAAUUAGCCGCUCGGAGGUAGUAAUGAUGGAUAGAUGGAAUGUUAGCAUAGAGCCGGCAAUUGAAAAAGAGGAGACGAUAAUUCCAGCUCAUAAAGUAUUAAAGGUUACGCUUUCUGAAAAUGUACAAAGAGUAGUUGAAUUAUCGCAAAGAAUAGUUGUUGAAAAAUCUGUGAUAAACUCACAUGAGCAGGUGCAAAGAACAUCAGAAAUAUCAAUUGAGAAUUCCAAGCGAGUCAUUUUAAGUGACAAUAACUCAUCUUCCACGUCAACGACUGUCGAGAAAAGUCGUGAGACGACAUUAGAAUCAAAUGGCAUGCUGCAAAAUUGUGAGAAAUUUAGCGAUAAGGAAUGUACAGUUGAAAAUAAUUCAAAGACAGAAAAUGAUGAAAAUUGUAUAAAUAAUAGUAGUAAUGGCACUAAUAGACCAAAGAGUAGUUCUAGUUGUAAUGAUCUUCUUAUGUUUGGCAAGUCGCAACAAUCACAGCUUGAAAUACCGUCACUGCUUAAGGAUCCACAGCCGACAGCUGCAGAUUUUUCGAUUCCUUACAAUAUCAUUAAUAAUUAUUUCUCAGUUGGUGUGGAUGCAGCAAUCUGUGUAAAAUUCCAUUUAGAGCGUGAAAAGAAUCCGCAUAAAUUUAAUUCACGUAUGAAAAACAAGCUGUGGUAUUUUGAGUACGCUACGAGUGAAACAUUUUCUGCAACCUGUAAAAAUCUACACGAAUAUGUUGAGCUGACAUGUGACGGUGUUCGUUUAGACUUAAAUGGCAUAUCACUACAAGGAAUUGCAUUAUUGAAUAUUCCAUAUACACACGGCGGAUCAAAUUUGUGGGGUGAGAAUUUAUCACAAAAACGUAUUCGACGGAGCACGUCAAGCAACGGUCCUUUUAAGAAAAUGAAAAAGCUUCGGAGUGCUGAUAAGGAAAUGUCAACUCAGAGUUUUAAUUCUGUUGAUUUAAGCAUCGCCAUUCAAGACAUUGGCGACCGUAAAAUUGAAGUUAUUGGAUUGGAAAGUUGUCUUCACAUGGGACAAGUACGGACUGGACUGAGAGCAUCAGGUCGACGAUUGGCGCAAUGCAGUGAAAUAAUACUUAAAACAAAAAAGACUUUUCCAAUGCAAAUCGAUGGUGAGCCAUGGAUGCAAGCUCCGGCAACUAUUAAGAUAACCCACAAGAACCAAGUUCCAAUGUUAAUGUCACCGAAAAAUGAUAAAGGUAGGGGAUUUUUUAAUUUCAACUUCUGGCGCAGAUGACUAGCGCGGGAUAUACCGGACGAUGAUGAGAAUUGAUUGAUAUACAUGACAUUUAGUGAAUAUAGUAAAUAAUUUAAAUAAAUUUAUAAUAAUAAUAUUAAAAAACUAGUCAAUAAUUUUAGAAGUUAAGGAAGACUCUAGUGAAAUGAUGAAGAAAAAAAUUGUAAUUUUAUAGUCUCAUAAGAGAAAUGGGAAAAAGCUUUAAAACAUAUAUUUUAUAAACACAAAUUGUAAAGAAAAAACAAGAUUGUGAAAGCUUUAAUAAACUUAAAAAAUAAUUGAUAAAAUAUUUAGAAUUAAGAAAUAAGAACAACAAUGGAAUCUGAUUAUAAUUUUAUUUUUUGAUCAUACCAAAGAGAACCAGCGAGAAAUUUUGAAAGUUAAGGUUAAAAGCUUUACAUCGAAUAUCUAUACCAAUUAUAAUCUCAUUGCAUAUACUCUUGAAAUUUUGUAUAAGUUUUACUUCAAUUUCUAUUUUAUAUGUUUGAAUAUAAUUAAUUUUUUUUGUUACUUUACAAACGGGGGUCAUGCACAUAUGAUGUCUUAAAAUCUGAAAGAUUUAACUUUUAAGGAAGAAAAUAUUCAGCUUCUUCGAUUAAGUGUAGGUUAAUUUAAAGUGAAGCUAGUGAGCUGAAGUAAUCGAAUAGCAUAGUCGGCAUGACUCUCGCAUACUGCUGGGUUCAAUUUAAAUCCAACACCAUGCCAAAGUCUCAUUAGCAGAGUUGCGAAACAGGCACCUGUGACAGGUGAGAAAGCUACAAUUCCUUGAUAAUUUAUAAGGCUUUCUAACAAAACCAUACAAAUUAUCAAGGAAUGGAACGGUUCUCACCUGUCAUAGGUGGCCUGUUUCGCAACUCUGCUCAUUAGUGUAUUGCCGGAUUUCUGAUUGAUUAGCUGACUUGUGCCAUUCGGGGUAGCUUAUUGGAGUUGUAGUUUAUGAUCCCUGGCCCUAUCAGUAAUUAAAUACAAAUUCAGCUAUUCUGGGUUCGAAACUUGGUGUCACUUUUAUAAGUCACAAAAGAUAAUAACUUUCCUAAUUAAAUGAAUUUCGGGUCAUCUCAAAAUUUGACAGUCUGGCUUUCAUUUAUGAGAAGCUUUCAUUCAAGUCCUUUAAUAGAGUUGCUGGAAGCAAGUCCAAUAUAAUGGUAUUAUAGUGCUUUAUGCAACAAACUUAUUAAUAGAAGUUAAUCCUCUGUUGCUGAAUGUUUAAGCAACAGUCUUAAAAUCUAAAAACUCUUUUAAGAUGUGGGUUCGAUUCUCAUCAGAAGUCGGUCUCACUAAUGUUCCUUAGCACUAUGCUCUAACCUUAAUCCUAGUUAAAUCUAGUCAAUGUCAACCUAUUCUUGCGAAUAAAAGCAAUUAACUACUGUCCUUAAGUGAAUAAGGAUUAAAAAUUCAACUUAUAAAUUGACAUCAUCUGUGCUCGACCCUUAAAACAACGAAUGCUUUAUUUAAUCAGCAAAAUUGUUAUUUAAGGAUAAACUUUCAG